AUGUCAGCUCCCUCACCCCAUUGUUGCCAUCAAACGUCCCCUCGAGGGAGUGUUCAACCUGUUAACAGCGUGACCCAGCCGCUCAGCCCACAAGAACGAGAAAAUGCGACCCGUGUGUUCGCCGCAGUUGUUGACGUAUGCGAACCUCUGCAAAACCAGGAGCCCUACAAACAGGUCACCCUGGUCCGACUGACUUACAGAUACGCCCGUUCGGAAACGUCCAAGGACAGCUUUUUGCGAUUGUUCUUCCAACAUACGCAGAUCCCGAUCGAAGCAUCCGAGCGAUUCUCCCCUUCCCACUCUGACUAUGGACCCCGACUGGUCGCGUUUGCAGACACCCUCGUCGAGAACUUCUUCCUUCCCUUGAAAGCCUCCGCGCGAAAACCCCCUCAACCUUCACCUGCGACCUCCUCCGACUUUCGAAGCCCACAAUCCGUCACUGGAACCACCCAGCAGCUGGCCAGGUUAAGAAGAGAUUGCCUUAUACGUGAUCGUUACCGCUGUGUCAUAUCACGCACGUUCGACUUUGACGAGGCAGUGAGGCGCGUCGCUCGGGACGGCAAUGACAAUGCACAAGAUGAUGAGGGAAAUUUGCUACGGUCAGAGAGCGGCACAUUUGCCCCGUUGGAAGUAGCGCAUAUUAUCCCAUAUUCGUGGACGAUUGUCUCAAGUGGGACGACGGAAUUGGACGAAUCCAAAAGACUCGCGCUUGCAAUUCUGAACAUGUUCGAUGAUGGUGUGGUGCACCUCAUUGAAGGCACUGAUAUUGAUCGCUCGCGCAACGCAGUCAGUUUGACUUUUGAUUUGCACCGACUAUUCAGUGGGUUUGAGGUCUUCUUUGAGCACGUGGGUAACGAUCCUCAUACGUACCGGAUCGACUCCACCGACACGGGCAUUUUGCGCCCAAGGCUCUUGCCCGUCGAGCGUCCUCUUUUCCCCGCAGACUCGCAAAUGAUCGACCCUCCUUCUCCACGAUUGCUUGCCGUUCACUGCGCAAUCGCGCACAUACUUCAUUCGAGUGCUGCCGGCCGCCAUAUUGACAGUAUCUUUGAAGAUCUUGACCAAGCCGAUAUGUUUGACGAGGUCCAACGGCAGCAGGCAUUUGCGACGAAAAGAGGAUACUCAAUAUUCAGUCUCUACGCCACCGGCCAGCACAGCAAACCUGGGCGCAUAGGGGUUAAGAGAUCGGCUGCGGAUGAGCUUGUUAGGCAGUCAAAAAUCUUCAAGUUAGACCCCCCGAAGCAUUUCGGUGGUGGCGGUAUAAAGGCCCUCAGGAACACAAUCAAAUAUCCUCAAACUCGUGUUUACGAUGCUACUAGCACUGCUCAGUUCUUCAAGCAAGGUCAGUUCGCCAGCAUUGCACGAAUUAGAGUAGGUUGA